UGAGACUCAGAGAGGCAGAGCCGGGGACGGAGGAGCCUGGGACAGAGGAGCCUGGAACAGAGGAGCCUGGGACAGAGUACACGAGGUGGCCAGGCUUGCAUCAUGCGCUCUCCACUGCCCGCUGCGUCUCAGCCCCACAGCGCACCUGGUCCGUCGCUCGGCUCAGUUCUGACGCGCUCACAUCUCUCUUCUCGCCUGUUUUGCGCGGAUGGAUGGAGACUCCGUGGUGAAUGGCUGAUGACUGCGCCCGUCCCCGCUCUCAGAGCCAUGGACUGCAGUUUCACAUGAAGAGGAACAUGGAGAAUCCAGCCAAGUACCUGUCAUCGGUGCAGGGCACUGACUCUGUGCCGGCGCCUCAAGGAGACAUGAUGUGGAACAGCACCGAAACAAAGGCAACGGGCGAUGACAGUAAGGAUAUGUUGUUGCGCACGGUGACGGGCUGCCUCCUGUCCCUGCUCAUCCUCUGGACUCUGCUGGGGAACAUCCUGGUUUGCUCCGCGGUACUGCGCUUUCGGCACCUGCGGACCAAAGUCACCAAUAUUUUCAUCGUCUCCUUGGCUCUGUCGGAUUUAUUCGUGGCCGUGCUGGUGAUGCCCUGGAAGGCUGUGGCGGAGGUGGCGGGCUACUGGCCGUUCGGCACUUUCUGCAACGUGUGGGUCGCGUUUGACAUUAUGUGCUCCACCGCCUCCAUCCUGAACCUGUGCAUCAUCAGCGUGGACAGAUACUGGGCCAUCUCGAGCCCCUUCCGCUACGAGAGGAAAAUGACCCAGCGAGUCGCCUUUGUCAUGAUCAGCAUCACCUGGACGUUGUCUGUGCUCAUUUCCUUCAUACCGGUGCAGUUGAACUGGCACAAAGCCACCGACGACAUGGCCGGUGCGCACAACUUCUCCACGAGUCUCCACCUGGAGGAAAACUGCGACUCGAGCCUGAGCAGGGAGUAUGCCAUAUCAUCCUCUCUGAUCAGUUUCUACAUCCCCGUGGCGAUUAUGAUUGUGACUUACACACGAAUAUACCGGAUUGCACAAAUACAAAUUCGAAGAAUCGCGUCCUUGGAGAGAGCUGCGGAGCAUGCGCAAAGCUGCAGGACCAACAGAAUCGAGUGCCAACACCACAACACGCUGAAAACGUCGAUUAAAAGGGAAACUAAAGUGUUCAAAACUUUGUCGGUGAUCAUGGGCGUGUUCGUGUGUUGCUGGUUGCCCUUCUUUGUCCUCAACUGCAUGGUCCCCUUCUGCGACAGGCCGGCCACGGACCGGGACGCGGGUCUGCCAUGUGUCAGCGAGACCACUUUCAAUGUGUUCGUGUGGUUCGGUUGGACCAACUCGUCCCUGAACCCCAUUAUUUAUGCCUUCAACGCAGAGUUCAGGAAGGCCUUUGCCAGCCUCCUGGGCUGUCGCUACUUCUGCUCCAACACACCUGUGGAAACUGUGAACAUCAGCAACGAGCUGGUUUCUUAUAAUCAGGACACUCUCAUACACAAGGAGAUCGCCAACGCCUACGUCAACAUGAUCCCCAACGUGGUUGAAUGUAUCGAGCACGAGGAGACCUUCGACAGGAUCUCCCAGUUCUCUCACAACAACGACAAUGCCACUGACUCCGUGUGUGACCUGGAGGACUGCGAGGCGGACAUCAGUCUCGACAGGAUGUCGCCAUUCACCCCGAAUGGAUUACACUGACUCCCAACUCCAUUGUCACGCCAUUCACGGCAGGUAUUAACAUCCUUCCUGAGAGAUCUGAUCACAUGCAGGUCGUGACCCCCAAAUCCGCCUUUAAUGUGUCCUUAGAUCCAGUCUCAAAAACCCCAUUCAGAAACCACAUGUCUCCUCUGAUUGGCUGUGCUUCCUCUGUAUUUUUUACUCUCAUCAGCACCAAUAAUUGGAGUUAUUUCUUUUUGUAAUGGUUAAAAUCUACAUAAAAAAAGUGGUUUGCAGGAUGAGUCUCUGUUGACUGGAGGCUUGAUGGUGUCUGAUAGAUGAUUGACAGGUGCACUUACAGGCCUAAAACACUGGCUGCACCUGAUUGGGCGAAUACUUCCACUAGUGGGCUGCUGGAUUUAAAGCCAGACCAACAUGGAAGCUUGUUUGAAGAUGGUUCACUGACCUGUGUGACCAGCAUUUCUCUAGCAGAAUGCAUCGUGUAGCUGUUUACAGUGGCGAUGAAUGGGAAGUGUGGAAGUCACAGAACUGGUGCACGUGCACUGAAACCAGUAAAAUAGCAAUUUAUUGAAUAGCCACCAGGCGGAGACACCACCGGUUGCAAGAGUAACUCUGUUGGAAUAAACAUAUAUGAUUUAUAAUGUCGGUAGACAUUUUCCUGACGAGUUUAUGAUCUCAGUCACUAGUUUCAGCUUAUCGCCGAUGAACAUGAUAAAGUACAUGUGAGUAAACACCAGUGUGAUUGACAGCUGGUGAAUAAGUGGUGCAAAUCUGCACCACUCCUCAGAAACAUACGUAAUGUUAGUGUAUUUGGACACAGUGUGGGUGAAGCCACAUCCCAUCUCAUGCGGUCACCGCAGAUGCCACCGUGACUAUAUCCCUGAGGACAGAUGUUAAUACCAGAUCUGAACAGAGCCAGUGUCUCCUCGUGCAUAAUUGGAUGUAUUGAAAAGAACGCCAUCAUGCAGUCAUUCAUUCAUUCAUUCAUUCAUACAUUCCUCCACACAGGGCCAGGCUCCUCUGCGCUACAGUGCACAGCGUCCCGUGGGCCUGCCUUGGCUUGGCUUUUUUUUUUGUUGUCAUGUAUGAGAUGUGAUGUUGUUGUCCUGUUGU